UGUGCCCCUAAAGUCCAGCCAGCGCACACCCCCCGGGGCCGACGCACGCGUCCCCGAGAGACCCAUUCGCCGCACACCCCCACUCCCUGCCCGAGCAGCUCCCCGUGUUGCUUUACGCUCACACCGGCUGCACAAUCGCGUGCACACCCAGCGCACCGCGGACCUGGGUCCCUGUAGUGCACACACGAGCAUCCCGGACUCACCGCUCUCCGCGGUCCCCAACUCGUGCCAACACCGAUCCCAGACGCUGCCACGCCCCAUUCACACCCAGGCGCACACACGCUUCCAACGCAUCCCUGCGACGUCUGCACUGCCAUAGCUCCCCGAGCCCUGCCCACCAUCCCAAACUCCACACAUGCCCACUACAGACACCCCUCCCACGUCCCCAGCCCGGAGACGCGGCCGCCCACCCACCCAGGAGCCAAGUUCCAACACAAACCCACAGCCCAGCGGCCGACACUCCGCACUCCCCAGGCACACACCUUCAGCAUCCCCAACACGCCCUCCUCUCACACACCCCAACACGCAGGCACACCUGCUUGAUUGCCCCGCCCCCAUGGCCAAGAGCCCUCGCCACCCUCCAGCACAUCUCGAGUCCCUCCCACCACUCUCCCCCCACACCUGGCAAGCGGGCUCUAGAGGCUGCAGCAUUUGGUGGCAUCCCUGCCUCGCACCUCUGGCUCUCCUCCGGCAGCAGCUCAGCAGCCUGAGGUCCCCCGUGCCUCCCUAAGCAGACCCCGACACUCCCCAGCGACCGGCUUGACCUCUUCCGCAGGAGAUAAAGGCAACACUUGGGGCCCAGUUCCUUAGGGCGGAACCCUCACAGGUAGCUCUCACUGCACGCUGCCAGCUGAACUCCCCAAAGGUUGACUUCCAAACGGACCACACCGCUAGAAAAGUGGCCAGCGAGAGGGCGCAGCAUGGUGAUUUCCCAGCAACCUUGUGCCUCGUCCUUUUGAGUGCUCUUUCUUCCACGCCUGAGGGCACACAGCCCUAAAGUCGGAAGCUGGAACUUGAGGAGUGACCACCCCCCCACCCCCGGCCCAGCUCCCGGGCAGGCUGAGCGAGAGACGCGGAAACGCCCCCGGACCGACGUGCAAGAAGCCUCAGGGCCAUGGAGGGCCUAGGCCGCUCGUGCCUUUGGCUGCGCCAGGAGCUGGCGCCCCCGCGCCCGCGCCUGCUGCUCCUGGACUGCCGCAGCCGCGAGCUCUACGAGUCGGCUCGCAUCGGCGGGGCGCUGAGCGUGGCCCUGCCCGCGCUGCUGCUGCGCCGCCUGCGGAGGGGGAGCCUGUCGGUGCGCGCGCUGCUGCCCGGGCCGCCGCUGCAGCCGCCUCCGCCAGCCCCGGUGCUGCUGUACGACCAGAGCGGGGGCCGGCGCCGGCGCGGGGAGGCCGACGGCGAGGCCGAGGAGUGGGAAGCCGACUCGGUGCUGGGCACCCUGCUGCAGAAGCUGCGGGAGGAAGGCUACCUGGCCUACUACCUACAGGGUGGCUUCAGCAGGUUUCAGGCUGAGUGUCCUCACCUGUGUGAGAGCAGCCUCAAUGGCCACGCGGGCUCAAGCGUAGCCUCCGUGCCCGGCCCGGUGCCCGUGGUGGGGCUGGGCAGCCUGUGCCUGACCUCCGACUGCUCCGAUGGGGAAUCCGAGGCUGACCGCGACACCAUGACCUGUGGCCUGGAUUCGGAGGGCGCCACGCCCCCUCCCAUGGGGUUGCUGCCAUCCGUUCCCGUGCAGAUCCUGCCCAACCUCUACCUGGGCACCGCCCGCGACUCGGCCAACUUGGAGAGCCUGGCCAAGCUGGGCAUCCGCUACAUCCUCAACGUCACCCCCAACCUCCCGAACCUGUUCGAGAAGAAUGGGGACUUUCACUACAAGCAGAUCCCCAUCUCUGACCACUGGAGCCAGAACUUGUCCCAGUUCUUCCCGGAGGCCAUUGCGUUCAUUGAUGAGGCCUUGUCCCAGAACUGCGGCGUGCUGGUUCACUGCUUGGCGGGGGUCAGCCGCUCCGUCACUGUCACCGUAGCAUACCUCAUGCAGAAGCUCCACCUCUCGCUCAACGACGCCUACGACCUGGUCAAGAGGAAGAAGUCCAACAUCUCGCCCAACUUCAACUUCAUGGGCCAGCUGCUGGACUUCGAGCGCAGCCUGCGGCUGGAGGAGAGGCGCGCCCAGCAGGCGGGCAGCGGGGGGCACGAGUCCGCCGCCUCCGACCCGCCCUCCUUCUUCACCACGCCCACCAGCGACGGGGUCUUUGAGCUGGACCCCACAUAAGGCCCUGCGGUGCUGCCGGGCUGGUCCCCACCCUGGCCCCCAGCGGGUGCCCUGACCACUCAUGUGCUGGGGGGAGGGCGAGAGGGGACUCAGCAGGGGGGGGACUGGGGAGGGUUGGGGAGGGAAGCGCUAUACCUCACGCGGGUGGGGGGGGGACAGUGAAGAGAGGCGGGAGCGCAGCGGAGCGCUGUCCUGCCCGCGUGCGGCGACCGUGGGGACCCUGUGAAAUGUGCCUAUGGGCCGGCCCCGGAGCCACCGGCCCGCCCCGCGCCGCUCUCAGUGGGACCACGCACCGCAGCCUGCCUCUCCCGCGACUGUUACUUUAUUCUUUGGGGGGUGGGGGUGGGGUUCCCUGUCCGAGAGAUUAUUGCACACACGGCUGCCUGUUCCCUGGGCCCAGUCCCUAGGUGCUCAAUCAGCUGAGCUGGGCCCUGGGCCUCCCGCCACUUCCCCCCUUCAGGAAGAGCGGGUGCCACCUUGUUUGCCAAGGGACCUGCUCCCAGGCCCGUCCCUGUCCCCGGAUGGCCGUGUGUGUGCACGUGUGUGUGUGCGUGUGCACACACGCGUGUGGGCGGGAGCUGUUCACUCUGUAAUCACCUCCCUGUUCUGUGAGGACAUGGGGCUGGGACAGCGCCGCGCGGGGGGCGGGGGGAGGCGCAGGCCCGGGAGCCACUGGGCGGGUUCCUGGCCGCACAUCUGGCACCCUGACUGGUUUUUUCUCUUCCCCCACAUGUCUUGACAGCAUCACUGGGGCUCUUUGUGACUCAGGGUGGUCAAAUGCCACUGCAGGAGAUGGGGUCUCCGGCAAGGGCUGGGGGGAGGGAAAGGAAGAAGAAGGCCUCAGUUUUGCCGCUGUCGGGUUGGGGGGCAGGGGAGGGGCCGGGCUGCAGACACACACACUCAUUCAUGGCAGUCCACACCCCUUGUGGGCGGCAGGCAUGCGCGCGCGCCCGUGUGUGCGUGUGCGUGUCUCCACUCACACCCGCACGCUAGCCCGCUUACACACGCACUGCCAUCUCGCCCUUGAACCUGGAGGCCAGGCUAUGCUUGCUGCGUUUUGUAAUCCACGUCACAGUUGCUUUCUUUAAUUGUUCUUCCUGAAUAAAUGGUUUAUUUAA